CACAAUUUUCAUUAUAAAAAACAGAAACUCAAUUUUGCUAUGGCAAAUGAAUUUAAGUUAAAUAAUUGUCCAACUGAUGGAAUAUCAUCAGUUAAGUUCAGUCCAUCCACUUCUCAGUUCUUACUUGCCUCAUCAUGGGAUAUGUCUGUUCGUUUGUACGAUGUAACAGAAAACAGCCAACGAUUUAAAUACGAACAUAAAUCACCUGUACUGGAUUGCUGUUUUUCAGAUUCAGUUCAUUCAUGGAGUGGUGGGUUGGAUGGAAGUGUUAUGAUGUACGAUUUAAACACAGGAAGAGAAACAGUUGUAGGAAGACACAACAACUCAAUCAGAUGUGUGGAAUAUUGUAGCGAUACCAAUGUUGUUGUAACUGGAAGUUGGGAUCAGACAAUUAAACUGUGGGAUCCAAGAUCACAUAACAAUAUAGGAUCAUAUUCACAACCAGGAAAGGUGUUUACAAUGUCUGUAUGUGGAGACCAUAUAAUUGUUGGUACUUGUGGUAAAUCUGUGGUGGUAUGGGAUCUGAGGAACAUGGGUUACGUUGAACAAAGAAGAGAAUCAAGUCUGAAGUAUCAGACACGGUGUAUAAAAAGCUUCCCAAACAAACAGGGUUAUGUGCUUAGUUCAAUUGAGGGCAGAGUUGCUGUGGAAUAUUUAGACCCCUCUGUGGAAGUACAAAAGAAAAAAUAUGCGUUUAAAUGUCACCGGAUUAAAGAGAAUGGAAUUGAACACAUCUACUCUGUACAUGCCAUUGCCUUUCAUCAAAGAUACAGCACAUUUGCUACAGGAGGUGCUGAUGGUUAUGUGAACAUGUGGGAUGGUUUCAACAAAAAGCGACUUUGUCAAUUCCAUCUUUUCCCUGCUGCUGUUUCAUCUCUUGCAUUCAGCAAUGAUGGUUCAAUGUUAGCAGUUGCUUCAUCUCCAUUAUACGGGGCUGAGUUGUCUCCUUCCAGUAAUGGGGAAGAUGCAAUAUAUAUCAGACAUGUAACAGAUGCAGAAACAAAACCAAAGACAUCAUCUGGACUUGCUUGAUUGCAUUUGCAAUGAAAAAGAAGCUUUUUUAUCUUUGUAUUAACUUACUUGUAAGGUGAAUCAAUUUUGGUUUGUUUAAAACCAGUAUUAAGAUGGAAACCAACAAAAUAAUGUUCUAAGUAAAUUACUAAAAACAAGAUUCAUAAAAUGCUGCUGAUAAAAUGCUGCUGUUUGAUUUUACUUAAUGCCUGAAUGUAUUUUUUUCUACAUUAUUAUCUCGGUAUCUCAUGUAAGUUAAUGCUGCAUUACACUGCUACACCUUAUCUAAAGUUGUAAUAAAUAGUUGAAAUACUGG